AUGCCGCCAACACAGCUGCCCGAGUCCGGCAAUCCUCUAGUCUUUUUCGACAUGACGCUCGGAGGCGAACCCCUCGGCCGCAUCACCUUUGAGCUCUUCAGAAACGUCGUGCCCAGGACCGCCGAGAACUUCCGUCAGUUCUGCACCGGCGAGUCCAAGGACCCCCAGGGCAAGCCCCAGGGCUACAAGGGCUCCAAGUUCCACCGAAUUAUUCCCAACUUCAUGUGCCAGGGGGGUGAUUUCCUCAAGGGCGACGGCACGGGGUCCACGUGCAUCUGGGGCCUCAAGGCGUUUGAGGAUGAGAAUUUCGAGCUGAAGCACGAUCAGCCUGGGCUUUUGUCCAUGGCGAACGCGGGCCCCAACUCCAACGGCUCGCAGUUCUUCAUCACGACGGUCCCCACGCCCUUCCUGGACGGCAAGCACGUCGUCUUUGGCAAGGUCGUCGACGGCAUGGACGUGGUGCGCAAGAUGGAGGCCACCAAGACGGGGUACCGGGGCAAGGACGUGCCGAAUCUGGACGUCGUCAUUGCCCUGUGCGGGGAGAUGUAG